CCGAGGGCCUAGAUGCCUUCGGGCUUGGUGCCUUAAAAACUUGUCUAGCCAUAAUGUUUGCUGUGGUAAACUGAAGGUGUUUGGCUCGUGUCGGUCAAUGUCUGGUCUUGUUGUGCUUCGAGAGGAAGAGUCAGUAUGCAGUGUAGGCUUCUGACGAGGAGUGUUUUUCAGCGUGCUAAAAACGUGUGGUAUGAUAAUGUGCCGUCUCGGACAUUAUUAGAGAGGAUCAGGAAGGGCCAAAAAUAUGAACAGGGUGGUGGAAAAGGGGGAUCUAUUAGGGAUGCCGGCGGUUCAUUUGGUAAGAUGGAGGCCGCCCGAGAAGAAGAAUACUUUAGGAAGUUGCAACAAAGUCAGCUGCGAGGACUGCGGGCUCAUUUAGAGGAGGAGGUCAAAUUUCACGAAACUGAAAUUGUUGGGCAUAAGGAGGCGAUUGAGCGCCACAAGAAGAGAAUCGGCCAGCUCCACCACGAGGAGAAAAAACACAAAAAGGAUGACGAUUAACCCAUCGAAGGGUCUAGAGUCGAAAUCGUCAAAAUAUUGCGUCAUAAAAAGGUGUUGCAAUGUCAUCCCUCUGUGAAGAAACAGGUUUUUCUUCACCAAAACUUUUUUUCGAAUUCUCAGGAUACAUGUUCUGAGUUUCGAAAACAUCAAAAUAUUAGUGUUUUCUGUAAAACAAUAUUUCAAUUGAUCAAUGCGUCUUGAAGGAGAAGUUUUUCAGCAAAAUAUGCUUUUUCCUCUGAAAGCAAAUAACAAAAUGUGCUCAUGAAUUUUUUUUGAAUUCACAUGAUUUAUUUUUCUCUCACCUAACUUUUUCGUUGUUUGUAAGGUAUUGUCUGAUUUGUAAAAAAUAUUAUGUAUGAUGAAAUAAUUUCUAUCUGCUGACCAAUUCCCCAUACAACUUCAAUAAGGCCUUUAAAAAUUACUACAAUACUGGUCUAAAGAAAACGAUAUACGAUAUACGACUAAGACUUCUUUUUGAAAACAUGUAUAGAAAUGCCUAGAUAUUUUUUUACCUGGUAGAUCAUGGCUGAUUGUUAUUAAACUUAUUUGUAGUUUAGAUAGUUUGAAAAUGACUUUUUAAGGUAAAAGAAGAAGAAAAGUUGUUAGGACCAAGCCCGCUAAAAUGUGCUCGUUGCAAAUUUGCCCCUUGCUUGUACAUAAUAUACACUUCAACAACUUUAUUUAUGAUUUUAGUGUACAGUCCCAGUCACAAUUAUAUACCCACCCUCUGUUUGGCAUAUGCAAUGCACAGCUUACACUGGUGAUGCACACAGUUGUAUGCAACUUGCACUGAGCACAUAUCACUGUGAAGUUUGUGUACAAGUUACACGCGAUGCAUGCAAAACAUACAAUGAUUCUAUUGUGCGUAAGGUUCACGUAAUUUAUCCGCAGCUGCACGUAAAUUUGGUCCAUUCGGUCGUUGUACCCAAUGCACAUGGUUUAUAUGCGUAGUGCAUAGGCUGCAUAUGCAUGUACAUUGUGCAUAACAUACGCAAAAUAAGGGAUGUUUAUUGUGAUUGGGACUGUAUGAUAUGGUCAUGUGCUGUAAGUAUUAUGUUGACUUGGAGUAUAUCACCUUGUCAGCGCAUAUGAGUUUGAUAUUUGCAUGUUCGCAGCACCCUGGAUGGAAAAGGGAUUGCCAGUGUGUCAUUUUCAGGACAUUCUACAAAAAAAUUUAAAGGCCCACACCAUUCGUUACAAACUUGAAAUUUGUUAUUGAAUUUGAAAAUUUCCAAUUGCGUGAAUAGGUACUAAAGAUGAAUAUCUGCAUUGCUGUCAUGUAGAGAAAUAGGUUACCUCAGAGAUGAAGUUAGUGUGGGAGUCAGAAGGGGGCGCCACCUCUCUGUACUCAUUGUUGAUACUUCAUCGACUCUAACCAAUUGUCGCGAAAUAACAUUAAAUUUAUGUGUGAUUUGUUGUCAGGAUCUAGAGUUAUAAACAAACUUCUCUUAAA